GUCGGCUUAGCUAACUUUAGUCGUUUCGUCUUCGGGCUUCCGCGCUUUCGGUCUGCCAUCGAGAUCUCGCCGUUGCGCCACGCUUACAAUUAGUAACACGCUCGCUCGCGCGUGCGUGUUUCUAUCUGUGCUCGAUUUAAAAUCGUUAACGAUACCCGCGCGCAGUUCUACCGUCGACUUCACGUCGGAACGUCGCGUCGCGUCGGGACGUUAGAGAUUGUCGCGUGGUGAAAAUCGCGCCAUCGCGCCUAUCGCUAUCGGAAGCUACCGCUCGAGGAAGCAUGACGAUGUUUGUGACAUCGACAUCUGGUUUUCGAUCGUGGUUUCCUAGAUCCUGAUUCAUCCCCGAACGUGCCGAACGAUGGUGGAUUACUACAGAGUGCUCGAAGUACAGCGGACCUCUACCAGCGCUGACAUCAAAAAGGCGUAUAGGAAGUUGGCAUUGAAAUGGCAUCCGGACAAGAAUCCAGAGAAUUUGGAAGAGGCGAAUAAGAGAUUCAAGGAAAUUUCAGAAGCGUAUGAAGUCUUGAGCGACGAUGUGAAGAGACGCACUUACGAUCAGCGCUUGUAUCAGAGGGCGGCGUCAAGGCCCGGCCGUGGAUUCACCUUCCGGAGUUUCUUUGAUUCUCCCUUCCAGCGAUAUUUCGAGAAGAAGAAACGUGUUUACGAUCAGUAUGGCAAGGAAGGUCUUCAAAUGCCUGGGGGCAAACGACGCCAUGGAGAUGACUUUGACGCGCACUUCGGCGGCACGUUCGUUUUCAGAGAUCCUGAGGAAGUAUUUAGAGAAUUUUUCGAUGGGAUACCGUUCGAAGACUUGUUCGCCGGCUUUCACGGCGGUGGUCCACGAAGAAAUGCUGGAGGAAGACACGGUCACUCGGCUAAUAACAGUCUGAGUACUUCUUUCUUCGGACCCUUUGGAUUCGGCUUUCGUUUGCCGUUUAAUGAUUUAAUGGAGAAUGCCGGUACCGCAGGAAACUUCGCUUCCUUUGGUACUUUCACUAGUUUCGACGGAAUGAGCGGUGGUACUGCUGUGAAACGUACCAGCACCUCUACUCGUUUCAUCGAUGGAAAGAAAAUUACGACCAAAAAAGUCUUUGAAAACGGGAAAGAAACGAUAAUGUCUUAUGAAAAUGAUGUACUGAAAUCGAAGACAGUGAAUGGCGUACCGCAGUCAAUAACGUUCGACGAAGCAUCGACGAGUCGUCAAGUCUGUGAGAACGUCAACGAUAACACGAUGGGUAGCCACAGCUCGAGCGCGACCCACGGCGACUAUCUAAAAGCUAGCAGAGUAAAGACGCGUCAUCAUCCGCACAUGAGUAAGAAGCACGAUAGAAGUAAGAGGAAAUAAAUUGCUUCGCUCUUGUCUCAAGUUCCUUGUGUGUAUCAAAGUCGACGAGUGUGCGCUCCUGAUAUACUCGAUACAAAUUUGAUCCCGGGGAAAAUUUUCGUCCUGUUGAUAUAUAUAUAUAUAUAUAUAUAUGCUAUUCUAUCCAUUAUUAUCUGAUCUGAUAGAAAUUCAUAAGUUGAUGAAUAAUAAAGAAAAAAUCGCUAAUCUGUGUACGAAUUAAAGAGGGAAAGAAUAACAUCCUAUAAAUGACUGGCUUGACAUAUCCACGCGGUUCGUAUAAUAAAGUUUAUUUAAAAGAAAA